UCAUAGCAAGUUAUGUACUCUGACAAGCAUUCUAAUAAAAUCAAAGGAAGCAGUGUCUUUAGCUAGUGAUAUAAUAAUGGAAUAUGGAAAGUCAUUUCCUUCAGCAGUAACAGUGAUGCCAUCUUGUCAAGAAGCAAGUACUUCAACAUCUUCAAGAUCUGGACAAUUACAAGAUAGUAGUAGUGAGACUCAAGUAACUACCAAUACUGAUGCUACUGCACAAUGUGUAGUAGAGGUCAUAGUUCAUCCUGGCUAUGAAGCUGAGUUUGAUAGAAUGGAACAUAAGCUUGGUACACUUAUUCACAAUAUUGUUCCUCUUAUUGAAGCAGCCAUACCCUCUGUCAAUGAUUUGAAGACCUACAUUCGAAGGUGUCAUCGAGAUUUAAAGCCUCGAUUGAAAGAUGCCAACAGCUUUGAUGAUGUUAUGGAAGUGAUUGAGGAUGAGUGUUCUAUCACUAACGUUGCUCUAUUGGAGACUAUAGUGAAUAAAUACUCAAUACAAGAUGCUAGAGACAUGAUAUUAGCUUAUCAGACACACUUGGAUGAAUUCUGUGAGAACAAAUUAACAAUGUUUUGUGAUCGUCAGCUUAAGAGAUUAUCCUCUUCUCUCCUCACUUGUGAGACGAUCAAGUUUGUUCUGAAAUGGAAUCCAAGUGAGCAUUCUCUGUCCAGUAUCAGAGCCCUCCUAUGGAAAACGUUCAAGGAUAAUCAAGUGGAGGUGGUAGUGAUCAAGGAAGGGAACUCCAUCAUUGUUACUUGUUAUGCUCCUCAUUAUCUGAUGGAGAGUUUACUAGUGACAGCUAGAGAUAACGUUGAUAUGUUAAAGGAGAUGGGAUUGAUUAGUUUAACUAUUGGUUACUAUACUGUGUAUGAUGAACAUGCAAUUGAUGAGGAGGUGAAGAGUCUAAUGAAGAAACUGGAGAUGGUAGAGAGUGAAAGAGAUGAUUUACUUGAGGAGAAUGCUAAAUUGAAGGGUACAAUAGACACAUUAGGUAUCUCAUAUGGAGGUAGAGAAGUUGAUGAAAGCAAUGAGUCAUCAAUACAAUCAUCAGAGUCUGAGAAGGAAAAUAGUAAAAAGAAGAUGGCAAAAGCAAUGCAAAUGGAAAUAGAUCAUUUACGAUCAUCUCUUGUAAGCAAAACAGGAAUAGAAGAAAUGUUAAUAGUAGUAGAGAAAACAUUAACUGAAAGAGAAAAGGAGAUAGAUCAGUUACAGGAAAGGAUAUCAUUAAUGAAUAUACAACAACUGAAAGAAACUUCAAUUACUCUUAGAAAGGAUCAGUCUACACAAUCAAUAGAUCCACCAAAAGGACCAGUUUAUGUAGCUAUUGGAGACUGCAAGGCAAGGGAAAGUGGUGAUCUUUCAAUCAAAAAAGGAGAGAAACUUGAGAUCAAGGAAGAGCGUACUAAUGGAUGGUGGCUAGCAAGAUCAUUAGAUACUGAUCAAGAGGGACUUGUUUAUAUUAGUGAUAUUAAAAAAGAUGAAGAGAGUGAACUGUCAACAUUGGAAUCACUUGAACUAUUUCAUUAUGCAAUGACAAAAAAUGUUGACAUACCUAAAAUCAAGGAAAUUAAGACGAGGAGCAACGUUGAGAGAGCAAGUCACUUUUGGUCAUUAAUUAAACAAGAUUCAGUUCUGCUAAAUCAAAUUAGAAAAGAACAUGGAAAACCUAAAGCAAUCAAGUGGUAUGAUGAUGGUGUUAAACUGACCUCUCCAUCUUUAAUACAAUGUCAAGAAGUAGUUUCUCUAUUAACAUACAAACAUAGGGACAUUAUCAUCAACGAAUCAUCUCCUGAUGUUGUGUUUGAUCUGUUGCCAGUUUUAUUACAAAAUGAAAAGGUAAAACACUUAAGAAUACGAUACACUCAACUAACACAGGACUGCAUCUCAUCCUUAUGUAACUUACUGGCUAAUAAUAAAUCAUUAGUUGAUUUAUUUCUUACUAACUGUUCCAUUGAUGACAAAUCAGUUGCUGAUAUUACAAACGUACUACAAACACACAAUAACACACUUAUAGGGUUAUCUUUUCUUGAUAAUCCUCGUAUUACUUCAGUUAGUGCUCAGUCUCUUUCUGAACUAAUUAUCAACAAUUCAACCUUAACUUUAUUAUCAGUAAGACGUACUUCAAUAUCAUCUGAUGGAAUAUUACUAAUUCUUCAAUCGUUAACAAUUAAUAAAAAUAUAAAGCAGUUCAUUCUAGAUAUGAAACACAAAGACACAAGCACAAAAUACGAUAACUACAAUAUUAUAAAAGAUAGAGUAAUAUUUUAUUAAUAAUAACUUGCUUUGUAUUGACAAUACUGACUCAUUGUUUUAAUUAAUUUAAAUGCAAAAUAAUUAACAAAGUGAUUUAUGAUAAACACG